UACUCAUUUUCCUCUUCUUUUUGGGGAUUUUCCUUUCCUCUUAUCUUUACAGAUAACACCCAGCGCAGCCACAGAACAAACGAAAAUUCCCCACCAUCAAAAAGCCAACACUCCUCCAAACCUGGAAAAACGCUCCACAUAUGCUGCUGCCACCGUUGAAGUUCACAGCGAACUUUCCGUCUACAGGUUUUAAGAAUGCGCCUAUUUAAAACGCGCAAAUCCAUCGAUACUUUCAGUUCUGCCACAGCAUCCCAGCACAGUGCGUCAGCCAGAGGAGGAGGAGCCAACGAAACGUAUACCCAACACAAUUCUUCACCCAUAGCAUCAUGCGCCUCGAAGUUAACAAAAUCGAUCAGUGGCUCUUCAUCGAUAUCCUCCUCGUUGCCCGAUUUGCACGAUAAUUCGCCCGUAAUGAUUCUAAGCUGCACCAAUUUGAAUACAAGUGGCCUGGCGCCCAACACGAACAGCAGUGGUGCCAAUUCCCACAAUGCCAAUAACAUUAACAUAAAUGCCCACAACACCGCCCCCUCGUCGACGGCGAGCACAGCUCCGCCCACACCAAAAUCAAAUGAAUCAUUUCAAAACAUCUCCCCCCAACAGUGUUCCACACCUGGCCUAUCCUAUCAACAUUUGCAGAGUGGCCGUCAAACACCCUCCGCCCUCUCGGUGGCAUCACUGAAUGAUGCCGUACUCCAGCGUCCCGCCAGUGUCCAUUUGUUUGGUCACAAAGCCAAUUCUUUGUUUUUGAAUUAUGGCGGCAGCAGUUCGAACAUAGAUCAUGGACAGAGUCAUCAUUCGCCGGGAGGUGGUGGUGGCGGAGGAGGGCAAUAUCAAAAAUAUAGCUCUUCCCACAGUUCCAGAGGCGUUUUGGGCCAAUUGCAAAAGAAUUCCUCGUCGAGCAGCAGUUGCAUCUAUGAAAAAUCGAAUGGCCAUGGAAGACAGAAUGGCGGAAGCUUGAAUACAUCCAUGACCCCAAAUGGUUUGGGUAACAAGGAAUCGGGCUCGUUUAUGGGAUCGAAUGUUCAAUUACCCGAUUAUAAAUUGGUUACGGCAGUGCCAGUCGUGGUCUUGGAUGAUGAACAAAAAUCUGCCGCAACGACGUCAUCAUCACCAUCUUCACUGCCUCCAACAGCAGCCGCCGCAACCACAACAACAGCCAGCAAUAAUUCAAUAUUGGGUGGAGGUUCAAGCCUAAGCCAGACAGCAACAUCAAGCGCCAGAAAUGUUUUCACCUGGGGCAAACGCAUGAGUCGAAAACUGGAUAUACUGAAGCGAAACGAUACAAAUACCCAUAAAUCGCAUACGGAUAUACGCAGUCUCUUCAAUUCCCCGGUACACAAUGCAAACACAAGUAACGGCGGCACUGGGGCGUCAUCCCAAUCGAAAGAAUCUUAUCAAGUGAGUACUUUGAAGAAGUGCAAAUCGGGCCCCAUUGAGACAAUUAAAAAACAGGAGCAGCAGCAGCAGCAACAAAGAAACCAAAGUAUCAAGCAAACCAUAAGAGCUUGUGAAAAUGAAUCUACCCAAUCGGCCUCUAAUACCCCCACCCAUUCGGUGCAAGCCAGGCCACAAAAGGCCAUUAAGAACUUCUUCCAUCGCAUUGGAUCAACGGGUAUGUUGAAUCACAAGUCCCACAAUCUCAUCAAGGCAGCCGAACCCAGUCAUCACAGUUCAAGCACGUCCCUGUACCGCAGCAGUUCAACAAGUCAGCUGAACUCCUGUUCCUAUGUAAAAUGUGACGAUCCCAGUGAUGGCCUGAAUUUGGCCAAUGGCCAGAAGAGACAGUCGAUGAGUGGUCUACCAAACAAUUUGGGUGGCAAACCUGGCAACAACAUGUCUGGGUCGGGUAUUAAAUCCAGCAGCUGCGAUGACAUAGCCAAGGUGGGUCAGAUAAUCACAUCGCCGUCAAGUUCAAAUGAUGCCAGUUCUGCCACAUCUCCACAAAAUUCCUCAGAUGCCAAUCAAAGACGUGGAGCAUUUCCAUAUGCCUUUCUACGCUCAAGGCUCUCGGUUUUGCCGGAGGAGAAUAACGGUUCGGUUCUAAAGCAGCCUUCCCUCUCAAGUCUCCACCAACUUGGCGAGCAUUCUUCACAGGCCCAAAGUUCACAUCAACAAUAUCUGCAAGUCCACUCCUCACCACUGCCGAAACAUCGCAACUCUACCAUUCUACCUGCCACCGAAACGGAACUCUCCCAAAUGAUUGACACCCUCUCAGUUGCCAGCUCAACACCGAAUCAUGGUGUCAAGAUGAUAUAUCGCAAUGAUUCGCUCAACAAACGUUAUUCCUCGGACGAUAGUGCUAUUAGCAAUUGUUCGCCGGUCCUGCAGGGCAGCAGCGGUGGUGGCGGUGGCGGCAGCUCUCAAAAUUCCACGGUCGGCAGCAACGGCAGUGGUGAUGUGUCGCGCAACAACAGCAUCACUUCCAAGGACUGGGAACCACUUUACCAAAGAUUAAGUAGUUGUCUAAGUUCAAAUGAAUCGGGUUAUGACAGUGACGGCGGUAACAAUACCAGCCGUCUGAGCAAUAGUCUGGGUAUCUCCAGCAUAGGAGAUACAGAAUCUAUUGCAUCGGGUACACUGAAACGGAAUUCCCUUAUAUCGCUUGCCUCCUCGGAGGGUCUAGGCGGCGGCGGAGGAGCUGGUGGUGGUGGCAGUAAUACCCUUCGAUCCAGCAGUAUUUGCAGUACCAUAAGUGGUCCUGUCUCAUUGGGUGGCUAUAACUAUGACUAUGAGACGGAGACCAUACGUCGUCGCUUUAGGCAAGUCAAAUUGGAACGGAAGUGCCAGGAAGACUACAUUGGUGUGGUGCUGUCACCCAAAACGGUGCAGACAUCCAACAAUGAACAGCAGUAUCGCUAUUUGAUUGUGGAAAUUGAUCCAUACGGCAUGGCCCAGAAAGAUGGCCGCCUACGCCUGGGUGAUGAAAUUGUCAAUGUAAAUGGCAGUCAUUUAAGGGGCAUACAAUCCUUCCAAGAAGUUCAACGGCUGCUUAACUGUUUUGUGGACAAUUGCAUCGAUUUGGUCAUAGCCCACGAUGAGGUGACGACCAUAACCGAUUUCUAUACCAAAAUCAAAAUUGAUGGCACCACCAAUCAUUAUCAUGGACAAAUGUUGGAGUCCAAUCAACAGCAGCAGCAGCAACAACAACAGUCUCAGAAACAGAAACAACAGCAACAAGGCGAUCUGUAUAGUUCCAUGCAAUCCCUUAAUGCUGACUCGGGUCCGCAGCCGCCGCAGACACGUAAUGAUUAUUUGGCAAGGGCCAGGAAACGGCUGAGUUAUACCCAACGGACCCAGAGUACCGACAGUAUCAAUAGCUAUGAUUUACAUAGCCUGCAAUUGGCUUUGGACCACGAACGGGAUGAAGAUGACACAGCCUCAUUGGCCAGCACCUCGACGAUAAGUUCCCGCAUGGACAUGAGCAACUCGGGUAUGGCAAGUAUGCCGCCAUCGAUGCCAUUGAUGCAACAUCGGCGGUGUUCCACCCCACGGCAUUCAAUGGAUGCCGCUGCCAUGGAACAUUUGAGGCGACGGGCCCGUUCCUCUUCAGGUCAGCGAAAUUUGGAAUUAUCGCCAUUGCUUUAUAAUCCCACGCCGGAAUACACACCUGUCUAUAACAAUCGUUCGGCGAGUGUGUCUCUGGCAACGCAUACGAUAAGCGAUGAUGAGAAAUGGCAGCUAUUGAAUCGAAAACGCUGCUCUGAGGGCGCAGCUUUGUUGACACCUCUCUCGGCUGGCAAAGAAGUGCGCAGCUCUUCGCUGAGCAUUGAAACCCGCAAAGCUAGUCUUGUAAGUCAGAGCAGUGUUGAGAGCAAUCCCAGCUCAAGUACCUCAACGGCAGGUGGUGGGGGAGGAGGCGGAGGAGGUUUUUCUUCCCGCUCCCAUUACACCCGCAAUUCAAUCAAUCUCUCAAAUUCGCAUUAUCGUUCGUUGCGCUUUGCCCACUCCCGUCUCAGUUCGUCGCGUUUAAGUUUAUUUUUACAACCAAAUAACUCCUCCUCGGCCGCAGGCACCGCAACAACAACAAACACAUCACCAACAACAACAACACAAUCAAAUAACAGUACACAUAACACUAAUAAUCCACUUAAAAAACAACAACAAACUAAUAAUUUUACAACAACCAAAAUUGCUUUAAAUAACCAACAACUUGAGGACGACAACAACACAACUGACUCGGAAUCACCAUUGCCAACAGAUUCAAUUCAUGAUCUCAGUAAUACCAAUAAAUCCGCCCAACAACAACAACAACAACAGGAAAAACAAACAAAUUGCACAGCUUCAGCUUCCCUAAACUUUAAUCAAUUAACCAAACAUCAGCACCACCACAACCAACAACAACAACAUCAUCAUCUAAAUGUCUCCUCUUUAGUCGGUAACAGAUCAUCAACAUCUUCAUCUUGUUCUUCUUCUUCCUCGUCCUCAUAUCUAACCCCCACGGCAGCCAUGUUGCAACAUCAUCGGCCCUCGUUGCCCGUGGUAAAACUAACCAUAAAGGAUGAAGAAAUGGCCGAAGUUAUACGGGCUUCGAUGAGUGAGGGUUCUCGUCGUGGCACCCCCAAAAUCGUAACCUUUUUCAAGGGACCCGGCCUCAAAUCCUUGGGUUUCAGCAUUGUGGGUGGCCGAGACUCGCCCAAGGGCAAUAUGGGCAUAUUUGUGAAGACAGUAUUUCCCAGUGGACAGGCAGCCGAUGAUGGUACAUUGCAGGCGGGUGAUGAAAUCAUUGAAAUCAAUGGUACUUCUGUGCAGGGCAUGAGCCAUGCCGAAACUAUUGCAUUAUUCAAAAAUGUACGCGAAGGAGCAAUUGUUUUGAAAGUUUUAAGGAGAAAAUUGCAAAAGGCUAAAUCCAUGGGAGCUUGAAACUAAAUAUAUUUUUAAACAUAAGUUGUAUUUCUAAAUUUAUUCUAAAUAUAUUCUAAAUUUAUCCUAAGUUAUUAUUUUAUAAAAAAAAUAUAUAUAUAUUAAGUUAAUUUCAGUAUAAAAAAU